GGGUUUCCUGUGGAACGGGCGCUUCGAUUUCUUCGAUUUCUUCGGCAUUAGACCUUUUUACUGUUCUCGGUGAUGGCGGAGCGUUUUGGACGGGCACUUCUUGUCCUUGGACGAUGUCUUCCAAGUCUCUCCUGAGCGCGUCGCCUGGCUUUUGUGGAAGGUCCGAAGAUUUCUUUUUGCGCAGAUUGGCAAAAGGAGCGAAAACUAAUAGAGUUUUUGGACUUUUGAUCAUUUGUUUCAAUUCUUAUUUUACUUUAUUUAUUCAAAUAUUUAUUCAAAUAUUUAUUCAAAUAUUUAUGUAUUUAUUUGUGUUUCUUCAUGUUAGGGAGGAAAAGAAGAGAUAGUUAUUCUUCACGUUUCAUCCUGGCCUCCACCCGAUAUAUAUCCCCCAUGAACUCAACUUCAUAACUAACCAGGAACCAGGAAC